UUCCUCUUUCUCUCUUUCUCUCUCUCCUCUCCUCCCUAAUUUCUUAGAUAAACAACAAAACCCUUGAGCUAAACGGUGUAGAGGGACCGUGCCCUCCCCCAAAACGGCGUUUAACCAAGGAUUUAAGUCACGUGCGGAUUCAAAAUAAAUUCUUUCUAUUCGCUCCGUCUUUUAUAUUUAUGGUCAUGGCCUUGGAGUUCGAGCAGCAGCAUCAGCAGUUGAGUCUCACCACCAACCCCGUUGACGGCGACACUAACGGCGUCGACGCUGCGGCGGGGCGAGCCUCAGCCGAGGCCGGGGAUGACUCCAGCAAGGCGCCGAGGCUGCCGCGGUGGACCCGGCAGGAGAUUCUGGUGCUGAUAAAGGGGAAGCGGGCGGCGGAGAGCCGGGGCGGCGGCGGGAGGACGGCGAGGUCUGAGUUCGGGUCGGGUCAGGCGGAGCCGAAAUGGGCCGCGGUGUCGUCGUACUGCAAGAAGCACGGGGUGAACCGCGGGCCGGUCCAGUGCCGGAAGAGGUGGAGCAAUUUGGCCGGCGACUUUAAGAAGAUCAGGGAGUGGGAGGCGCAGAGGAAGGACGAAACGGAGUCGUUUUGGGUGAUGAGGAACGAUUUGAGGAGAGAGAGAAAGCUGCCGGGGUUUUUUGAUAAAGAGGUUUACGAUAUAAUGGAGGCCGUUUCCGGCGCCGGCGCUCCGGUUACGCUGGCUCUGGCUCCGCCGCCGCUGAUGGUAUCGGAGGCCGAGAACAACCUGAAGGAGGGUCUGACCGAUGAGGUGGAGAAGCUUUUUGACAGCAGACAGGGGCCCACUGACGACGGGUUGUUUUCGGACUACGAGCAAGAGGAGUCGGGUCGGAGCCCCGAUAAGGAAGUCCGGCUCAAAAGCCCCACCGCGAUUCCAGCUCCUUUGCCAAUAUCAGAGAAGCUGUUCAAACCAAUACAAGCGUCCCAAGGACAAGGUGCGGCAGGCCAAAAACAGCCACCUUCAAUUCCCGAGAUGGGUUCUACUUCUCAAGACCGAAAAAGGAAGCGCUUUGCAAUAGAUGGAGAGGAGGAAACAUUCAGUUUGCAGAAUCAGUUGAUUGAGGUCAUGGAAAGGAAUGGUAAAAUGCUGGCUGACUAUUUUGAGGCUCAGAAUUCUCAUUCGCAACUGGAUAGGGAGCAGAGGAAAGAACAUUCUGAUAGCUUAAUUGCUGUUCUUAACAAGCUUGCAGAUGCUUUCAUGAGAAUCGCCGAUAAGUUGUAGGGAAGGCAAUCAGAAAUCAGUGUACAUAAGAGAAGUCUCUUCGUAGAUGUUAGCGGGGCUGAGAAUUGGUGGAUCAAAUUUGAUCAUUUAUCUCGUGGGAGGGCACCGACAUGUUCUUCUGCUUCUUAUUUAUUUACUCUAAAUUUUUCUCCCGUCUUUUUGGUCUAUGCUACCUUUGUGGCAUAGUGCCACCAUCAAAUGCAUAGAAUCCAUACACAGAUAAUGUCUAGAAAUUUCAAAGGGUCAACACAUUUCAGCUGCUUUUUCUUAAAUGUUUAGAAUUUCAAAGAUUUAGCACAUUGUGAUGUUUUUCUUUCAUAUAUCCAGCUCUAAUGGAAUUUGAAUUUCCCUGCCAAAUGUCUCGGUGACUGUACAGGUACUUGAUAUCAAUAAGAAUGUUACAUUGUCAGUUACA